GGGGGCGGCGGAGGCGGAGAAGGAGGAGGCGGCGGCGGUCUGUCCUCGCUGCUGUUCGCGCGCCACGACCCCUUGAGGCUGCACGCAGCGCUGGCCACUGCCGGCCCGGGGCUGUUCCGCCGGCAGACGGGCUUCCCCUGGCCCGAGCACCUGGUGACGGGCGCGCAGACGCCCGCGGGUGAGCGCAAAUCCACGUUCCUCGAUGCCUUCUUCCAAGACGAGCCGGUGCGCCGCGCUAUUAGUCCACCCGCAUCACAGCGGCGUCCGCCCAAGAGGCGGAGGAAGGUGGCCGCGCUCGAGCCGCCGUCCCCGCCCACCUCCGGCUCCUCGCCGCCGUCCAGCGGCAGCGGCGAGCCGCCCCCGCCCAGCCAGCCGCCGCCACCUCCGGCGGGCCGCCUCUUCACCUGCGCCGUGUGCAGCCGCUCGUUCGGCUACAAGCACGUGCUGCAGAACCAUGAGCGCACGCAUACGGGCGAGAAGCCGUUCGCGUGCGCGCAGUGCGGCAAGCGCUUCACGCGCGACCACCACCUCAAGACGCACGUGCGGCUGCACACGGGCGAGAAGCCGUACCGCUGCACGCACUGCGACCGCGACUUCGUGCAGGUGGCCAACCUGCGGCGGCACCUGCGCGUGCACACGGGCGAGCGGCCCUACGCGUGCGAGCUGUGCCCGGCGCGCUUCAGCGACUCGAACCAGCUCAAGGCGCACGCGCUCAUCCACAAGGGCGAGAAGCCGUUCGGCUGCGGCGAGUGCCAGGGCAGGUUCCGGCGCCGGCACCACCUGGUGCACCACAGGUGCGGCGCCGCGAAGCCGCGCAAGCCGGCGCGCAAGCCGCGCGAAGAGGUCUCCGACCACGAGGACCCGGACGACGGCUCCGGAGCCGAGCUCAUCCUCGCGCUGCACAACAACAACGGCAGCGUGCGCAAGGAGCGCACCCGCAAGCCCUUGGAGGUGCGCCACGUGGUCAGGCCGCCCCCGGCGCCGGCCCCCGCCGCCGCCCCCGAGCCGCCCCCGGAGCAGACCGAGCCCGAGGACCUGUCCAUGAGCACGGGCGCGCGCCACAACGGCUACUCGCCGCCCUCCGACGACGACGCCUCGCCUGCCCCCAGGAGGACUGCCGCCUACCUGCACCACCGCCACCCCAAGUUCCGGCGCCUGCUGUCCUAG